AUGAAGGAACUCCGUGGGAAACCGCUGAUGGUGGGCAUCACCUCAGCCUGUAGCAUGGGAUUCUUGCUCUUUGGCUAUGACCAGGGAGUUAUGGGAACCAUCAUCAACUCGUCAUCCUUUGUCAAACGAUUUCACAACCCAAGUUCCACACAGCAAGGACUCAUCACCGGCCUCUACGACGUGGGCUGUCUCGUCGGCUCCAUACUAGCGUUCCUCCUCGGUGAAAAACUUGGUCGAAAGAAGUCCAUCUACGUCGGCGCAUGGAUCGUGAUCAUCGGAACCAUUCUCCAGACCACGGCUGAGGUCGUCGUCCACCUGAUCGUCGCUCGAAUCUUCACGGGUAUUGGCGUGGGCAUCAUGACUGCUGUUGUCCCGACCUGGCAAGCAGAGGUCUCGCAAGCACACAACCGAGGAGCCAUGAUCACCAUCGAGGCUGUCAAUAUUAUCAUCGGCUUUGUCAUGUCCAACUGGGUGUCCUUCGGUGCCAGCUACGCGACGUCCAAUUUCCAGUGGAUCUUUCCCAUAUCGUUACAAGUUGUGUUUGCCAUCUAUUUGCUUCUCAUCGGACCGUUUCUGGUGGAAUCUCCUCGAUGGUUGGCGCACCAUAAAGACAUCCACGAGGCCACGCAUGUACUUGCUCGUCUGCUGGAUACGACUGAAGAUGACACACGGGUGCAGCAGUCAAAAGGAGAGAUUGAGGAGGCCCUACGAUUGGAGGCUGGAGGCUCACUGCGUGAGAUUUUCACCAAUGGCGGCCAGCAAAAUUUCCGCCGGAUGCUGCUUGGUGUCGGCGCUCUGUACUUCCAGCAAAUGAGUGGUAUUAACACAGUUGGCUACUACCUGCCCGUCAUUCUUGAGGACCAAGUCAACAUGAGCAACCGGCUGGCCCAAAUUGUCGCCGGCUGUGGUGCCAUCUUCUACCUCAUCGCCAGCCUCCCACCCAUCUGGUUCAUCGACCGCGUCGGAAGACGGCCUGCUAUGAUGUGUGGCGCGGCAGCUCUGACCGUCGUCAACAUUCUGCUCUGCGUUGGCUUCAAUAUUCCAGGCACAAAGGGCGUGAUUCUAGUGGUCGUUAUGUACUUCUUGUACUACGCAGCCUUUGCGUUGAGCUUCCUUAAUGUGUCCUGGAUUUACCCUCCGGAGGUGAACUCUCUCAAGAUGCGCUCGAUGGGUGCAUCGCUUGCUUCUUGCUCCAAUUGGCUGUUCAACGGAAUCUCUGUCACCAUUACCCCAAUUGCCCUGAAUAGUAUCGGCUGGAAGUUCUAUAUAAUGUGGGCCGUCUUCAACUUCUCAUUCAUACCGAUGAUCUACUUCCUCUACCCAGAGACCAAAGGUCUGCACCUCGAGCAGAUUGACCACAUCUUCGAGGGCCUGGAGGAAGGAAGACAUAGUGACGACGAGGAAAAGGCUUAUGGAGAGAUGAGCGAUCGCACUUCGCAGAGGAGCAAAGAGGAUGCUGCGGCGGUUAGAAAUAUCGAGAAUGCCGCUCGAAGAUGA